AUGGCAUCCGCUUCCUCGGGAUCCUCUGCUUUUAACCCUUCACCUGCUGCUUCAACAGCCCCUUCAACCGCUUCCGAGUCAUUACCUACGCCUUCCGCUGUAGCGGAAAAACCACCAGAUGAUGGCUCGAAACUUAAGAUGUUUUUGGGGAUUCUGCGAAAGUUUAUUGGAGUGGCAGAUAUUGCUUCCGUUCGAUUUAGUUUGCCGGCUCAGUUAUUAGAACCCACACCCAAUCUCGAGUAUUGGAACUACCUCGAUCAACCGAAUACAUUUGUGGCAAUAGGAGACUCGGACGAUCCGUUAGACAGAACUCUAGAAGUUAUGAGAUUUUGGUUUACGAAAGAUUUGAAAUAUGUGAAAGGAAAGCCUUGCAAGCCAUACAAUUCUACCCUUGGGGAAUUUUUUAGGUGUAAUUGGGAAGUUGAGGAUUCACAACCCGCUAUAGAUACGGGCAAAUUGGCUUCUACCAGUGCUUCGUCUUCGAAGAAAGCUACUCCUAUGUCAUCGAAGAAUGCGUCCAAUGUUACGAUUCCUAAACCGAGAUCGGCGGGUAAAAAAGUUCGAGUAUCUUUUUUGACGGAACAAACCUCGCAUCAUCCACCUGUCUCCGCUUUCUACGUCGAUUGUCCGGAGAAGGGUAUUUCCGCCAGAGGAUUCGAUCAAAUCUCGGCGAAGUUUACGGGAACGAGUAUUAAAGUUACACCAGGGGAACACAAUCUGGGUAUUUUCAUUAAUAUUCAGAGGAGGAAUGAUGAGCAAUAUCAGCUCACACAUCCAGCUGCCCAUCUUGGGGGACUUUUACGUGGGACUUUGAGUGUAACUGUUGGGGACCAGUGCUACAUCACUUGCACACAGACGAAGAUAAAGACGAUCCUACAUUAUGUGGAAGAAGGGUGGUUAGGAAGGACACAAAACAAAGUGGAGGGGGUAGUGUUCCGCUACGAUCCAGACAAUGAUACUAAAACCCGGAUAAAAGAUGUCCCUGAUAAGGAUGUAUUGGCAAGAGUAUCUGGAAACUGGAAAGACAAGCUGUACUUUACUUUGGGACCGAAAGGCAACGAUCAAAUUCUUUUAAUAGAUCUCGGGCCUCUCCAGGUAGCAACCAAGAUCAUCCCCCCAACAGAAAAGCAGUUACCCAAUGAAUCCCUCAAAUUCUGGUCAGGUGUCACAGAAGCCAUCCACUCUCGACAAUUUUCCCGAGCCACGGCCCUCAAACAAGAAUUAGAAGAGAGGCAAAGAGAAAAGCUCAAACAACGACAGGAUCAAGGGGUUGAAUGGCAGCCGAGAUUCUUCACAGGAUCUGUCACACCAUUAGGUAAACCUGAUUUGACUACUGAUGGAAAGGAUGUUUUACGUAUGUUACAGCAGGGAGAAUGGGAUUUGAAAGAGAAUGAAUUCACGGGUGCUUAG